ACCCAUGUUGAGUUUUCCUAUCAUUCCAAAGAGCCAUAGACACUUGUGUAGUACAGUUUCAUAUGUGAAAAAGACAGUUUAUGAAUGUCGAUAUUCACAUUUGGACCAACCAUUGUCUUUACUCUGGUGGGACCCCUUUCCAUAUUUACGAGUCCACGUAUACAAAACCACUCAACACGUGUCAAAUGACAGGGACAUGUCGGUUAUGUCACACGUGUCUCCAGUUACGAGAAGCCACAUGUGGCAUAGAAUGUCAUGGCUUUUUUUUUUCUCUAUAAAGCGUUAAGCCUUUGAUCUCUGUAGUAAUUGUCUAUAACGAGCAAGCAGUUACUUUUCUUUCAGUUACUGUAAUGGAUUCAAGAGUAGUUCAAAGUCAAGUGAAUGAGAACGAUGAAAAUUACCCUCACACUGUUGUCUCACAGCAAGUGACACAUGGUGCAGAAGAUCAACACUUUGACCCCGAGAAGAAGUCUGUUCUGAAUAAGGUCAAGGCAAAGGCUAAGAAAAUUAAGGACACGAUUAAGAAGCAUGGUCAUCAGGUCCUUGAUCGUGGUCAUGAGUAUAACAAUGAAGAUCAGCACACCCUUGAUGAUCAUGACUUGGAUGAGGAUGAAAAAGUUGGUGAAGACCCAAAAGUUCAUGAAACACCAAUUCAUGAAAGUGAGGCUGUUAAAAAUGUCACACCUACAUCUGAGCAAGUCGAAAAUUUAGGAAAGUCAGGAAUUAAUGUUAGAGGUACAACAGUUAUGGGAGAAGAACCUAAUCAUGAUCAAGUAGUUGAAGGUGGUUCUUUAACUACUGAAGUUGCUGAAAACAUAGUCACCGACCCAUCCAAAGCAUUUUCUGUGGAAGAGAAUGCAGGGCUACUUCAUGACAACUUAGAGGAGCCAAUAAGCAUGAAGGAUGAUUCUAAUGCUCAAGGAAGUAGACCUGAAGCAUAUACUCCUCCCAAUUAUCAAAACAAAGUCAUUGACACUGAUCCAAGUGGGGCAGGAAGUGAUGAAAUAGAAAUCACUCCAGUUGAUGAAUCUUUUGCGAGAAUGAAUUUGCAUGAUAUGCCCAAACCUACCCCAGAACCUAAUGUCCAGCCAACAGUUGUUGAUUCUGAAUACCCUCCUGAUGGAAGCCAUGGUCAGCCUGUGCCACAUCUAUCUGCUGAUCCACCGAUAACAUUUUCUGUGGAAGAGAAGUCAGGGCUACAUGAGGACAAUUUGGAGAGGCCAACAGGCUUGAAGGAAGAUCCUCACUCACCAGGAAGUGGACCUGAAGCAUAUACUCCUCCCAUUUUUCAAACCGAAGUCACUGAUCCAAAUGGGGCAGGAAGUGAUGAAAUAGAAAUCACACCGGUUGAGGAAUCUUUUGCCACAAUGAAUGUGCACGAUGAGCCAAAAGAUACCCAAGAACUAAACAUCCAAUCAACUGUUGUUGAUUCUGAAUACCCUUCUGCUGGAAGCCAUGAUGAGUUUGUACCACACUUCUCUGCUGAAACACAAACUCAGGUCCCUUCUGCUGGAAGCCAUGAUGAGUUUGUACCACACUUCUCUGCUGAAACACAAACUCAGGUCCCUUCUGCUGAAAGCCAUGAUGAGUUUGUGCCACACUUCUCUGCUGAAACACAAACUCAGGUCCCUUCUGCUGGAAGCCAUGAUGAGUUUGUACCACACUUCUCUGCUGAAACACAAACUCAGGUCCCUUCUGCUGAAAGCCAUGAUGAGUUCUCUCAGGAGAAGAUAUCCACAAAUAUCAAUAGAAUCGUUGAAAAUCCUGGAGAAACUGAACAAACUUUCAACACCACCACAACCACAGUUGGAGAGCAACCACCCUAUGAAGCAAACACUGAUAAAGUUGUCUCUCCUAGAAGUGUCAUAACUUCUGAGUUAGUUUCUGGAGAGAAAGGUGACAUAAAUGACACGAUGAUAACAAAUGAAGAGCAACAAAAAAGUGGUGAUACUUCUAACAAGUCAGGGUCCACUGCAGAAUAUGGAAAGAAUAUUGCUCAAUCUCUGACAGAGAAACUAGCUCCAGUUUAUGAGAAGGUUGCAGGGGUUGGAAAUGCAGUGAAGUCCAAAGUGACUGGAACAAGCACUGGUGGUGUUGGAAAUGAAGCAAAAAAUGGGGUUAAAGAACAAGACAAAGGAGUAUCUGUGAAGGAAUAUUUGGCUGAGAAGCUAAAACCUGGUGAAGAAGACAAGGCACUUUCUGAGGUAAUUUCUGAAGCUUUACAUAAUCCGAAAGAAGAGGCAAUGAAAAAAGAGCAUGAACACUUGGGUAGUGGAAAUGACAAGUCAGAUAAAGUCUCUGAAGAGAGCUCUGUGAACAGUCAAGGAAAAGGUGUGGUUGGCAAGCUUAAGGGUGUUGUUGGCUCUUGGUUUGGCAAAUCGGAGAACCAGUCAUCUCAAGUUGCAGGUGAAGGUGUAUCAAAUAGUACAAAUUAUGGUGCAGAAGUGGAACAGGUUAAGGUUAACCAAGUUGUAGAUGAAAACAGUAGUCGAAUUGAAGAACAAGGGACUCGCUAAAUUUCUGUGCGGACAUUGAAUAAUACAUGUGUGUAGUGCUCUCCUUACCUGUAAUUAGAUAUUUGUAUAUGUUGUAUUCAUGUGAAAGUUAUAAUGUUUGUGUAGAUGUGGAAUUUACAAUAUGAUAUUGUUGUAUAGGAACACAGAAUAAUACUGUGUCCUUAUUAUUAGGUUACGUGAAAAAAACUGUCAAUAUAUAGUUUUAUUGUAUUAUGUCUUUUUAUUUUUACUUAAUAGCUCAAUUCAAUGUCCGAUAUGGUAAUGCAUAUUUUUAUGUUUCUUUU